AAAUUUCCAUAAUAACAGCUGUAGUCGCAUAAUGCUUUAACGAAGGCCUUCUUCACUAAACAAGCCUUGAGCCCACGUGCUUGGAAGGAACUGCACAUCAUAUAAGGAGGCACUCCUUAAACAUAUUCUCAUCAACACGAAAAUAAGCAUGGACGUUGGCUCUCCUCGCUCCCCAACUGCCCAGUUCUCCGUCGCAAAUGACCCCUGUUCCACAAGCUACACUUGCCCAAGUGCACCUCGCAAACCCAAUAUACGACGAGAGCAGGAGCUAGGAAACUUUAGUGCUGCGAUACGAUGUGCAAGGGAACUGCUGGAGUCGAUUCCUGAAGACGACAGAAGUGACGCGUUAAAGCACCUCCCUCGGCAUACCCUGGAAGGCGUCUUCCUAGCGUUCUGCCAUUGGCAAGCCGGCACGCAAUGGGGUACGGACUUCCAGGCGCUUCUCCGAAUUGCCCCAUGCCUAGAGAAGGAGCUGCUGGACCAUGUUCAGCGGUGCUAUCCCGACAUGACUUGGGACGACUGGACGAUGGAGGUCCAGCGGGCUGUUUCGGAUCCCCACCACGGGCAACAACUUGCGGAGCGCGUCAUGACGGACAGCUGCACAAUGCGACGAUUGCUUUUCUAGCCUAUGCCAGCGACGUUGGCAGUCAAUGAAUGUUCAAGAAUAAUAUGCUAAGGGGGGAUAUUCAGUUUGAUUGGAGCGUACCGCAUCCCUGCAUCGUUGCACAAGUGCUUGGCCAGGCAAACUGCAGUACAAGAAUGACAUGUGACUUACAGGCAACGACGGCCUUGGAACGCAUGCCAUUGUUGCUCGGUGCACUAAGGAAGCUCCCACACGCAAUUUGAUGCCAAGACAGCAAUGCCGUUGAUUUUACUUACAUUAAUGCCAGGACCGCAAUGUGGUUGGGUUUAAAAUGCUUGCCAUGAUGGACCGGGCUGCAGGCGCCUGGGGUUCGUAGGUUAGCCAGACUGCUGGAGUUGGGAUGGACUGGGCUAGUCUGCAAGCAGACAGAUUGCAUUUUGACCCGCGGCCAUCAUCGUGCCUUUCCUCGAGGACGUUUAUGCUAAAGCGCAUUCGCAGCCUUAAGUUUUGCUACUCGACAUAGGCAGGAAUGUGCCCAUAGAUGGCACAUAGCUUAGCUAGUGUAGGACUUGACUGUAGUGUUUUUAACGUUCCUUACCUGCGGUUGCCGCUGGCGGAUGUUCCUGAUGCUUGGCUUGAAGCUAUACCCUGCAUUACAGGGUUCGUGACUUUGAAAUCGGAUUGAUUCGCUGCUGUUGUGCACGCACUUUGAAUUAUACGCUUAACGACCUGCCUCAGCAGCUUGCACAGCUGCUUAUCUGGACGAAAGUGGAGAUAUUUUUAAGGGAUCUAUGUAGAAGGUUUGAGUUCUUCGUCGAACUUGGCAACAUGACAAAGAAUGUAAUUCCCAAGAGUCCG